AUUAUCAUUCGCCCUCUUCUUGCGCUGCGCUAUGUGCUUAGCUAGACCGGUGGCGAAGUUGAUCCUCCGAUUAAUUUACCGCUCUUUCCGGCGGCGUUAGCGCGCUCGAGCGCUCGCCUCUUGCCCUACAAAGACGCAACCCUCUGAGCGCAGAUCUGUGGACAAACCAAGGACGUCGGGAUGGGAAACGCUAGUGGGAAGGAGGAGAUCGAGAACAGCGGCGAGGACUUCACAGCGAGAACGUACGGCCAUCCGAGUCACUUCGGAAGCGGUCCACGCUGGUCUCCCUCGGUGGAAGCGAUGGGUGGCUCACCGCCAGAGAGCCCCGGUCGGUCCCGAUCGCCUCUCAUGUUUGCUCCCCAGGUUCCUGUAGCUCCCUUGAAUAGGCCUUCUGAUGUCCCUCCAGUUUUCAGUCAAUACUGGAUGAAUGAUCCCUACGUUGUUUCAGAUACUCCCCGUGAAAAGGAAAUUCCGGUGUUAAUAACGUGGAACUAUGGUGGAAACAGUGUUUUAGUGGAAGGAUCAUGGGAUGACUGGUCUUCUAGGAAAACUCUCCAGAGGACUGGAAAAGAUCAUUCAAUUUUGAUUGUCCUCCCAUCUGGAGUUUAUCAAUAUAGAUUUAUAGUAGAUGGUCGGUGGAGAUAUGCUCCAGAUCUUCCUUCUGUUGCUAAUGAUAUGGGCGAUUUCAAUAACAUCAUGGAUGUCAAUGAGUAUGUUCCCGAUGAUCUGCAGAGCGUAUCAGAAUUCGAGUCACCGCCUUCUCCCGACUCCAGCUAUAGCCGACAAAUGCCGGUGGACGAGGACUUUUCAAAGGAACCACCAGCUGUACCCCCUCAUCUGCAUCUCACAGUUCUAGGAACUCCAAAACCCGAGGAAGCCUUCAUCAGGCCCCAACAUGUCGUUCUAAAUCACCUUUUCAUAGAGAAAGGAUGGUCUUCUCAGUCCGUGGUUCCUCUUGGCUAUACGCACAGGUUUCAGUCCAAGUAUGUUACUGUUGUCCUCUACAAACCUGCAAAAAGAUGAUAUGAAACAAUCAUUUCACAAUUAUCUUUUGCUGCAAAGCAAAAUAGUACUGGAGUUGAACUGGAUAUUCUUACAAGCCAUUUAACCGUCCAGUAUGAAGCAGAUUUUGCGACCUUGUUGGUAUCAACGCUAUCAAAGAAAUCCCAUCCCCAAUAAUCUAUUUUCCUGUCAAUAAGCAGUUUCAGAGGAGGAGGCUGAACAAUCACCAGAUGCCCAAUUGAAGUUGGCCGUUCUCAACACUUGUGUUUUUUUAGCUGAUACGCUAUUUCCAUUCUUCUUAUUUGUUUUUUUUUUUUUUUAUAUCCUGAACUUAUUUGGUUCCCUUCAAAAUCAUAAAAGCACUAAAAUAUGGUAACCAAUGCUUGUUUUUUUAAAUUAUUAAUUUGCA